UAAAACUGCAGGCUUGAGGCGGGCAACGUAAACAGCAGCAGCAGGAGGACGUGCAGGACAAAAGUGUGACACCAUGACGAUAAACGAAGUGUCCCACAGCUGGAUGGAAGUGACAGAAGUGGAAGAGUUCCUGAGAGAACCUCCGGCCGGUUUCUCCGUGGAGGUUCUCUGCUCGGGUUACCGAGUGCACAGCGAGCCGGAGAAGAGCCUGGUGCUCGUCGAUGACUUCGACUCCUGCAAAGGGAAAAUAGUUUUCCAGAAGUCGUUGGGAAGGAAAGUUAAAAUGCACAAUUUAUGGGAGUACACCAGCAUGAGAAAUAGUCUGCUGACCAAGAGGAUCUAUCUACUGAUGUCUGCCUGCGAAGACAACUUUUCAGUGACCGGCAAAAAGGCAGCCAAUGAAGCUAGAGUGCUGAAGCAGUUUGUGGUGUCCAUAGACAGCAACAAUCCUUUCAUCAAGUGGCAGAUGGAGAGAGGCCUGGACUGGACCAUCUCCUCUGUUGCUGGGGAAAGCUACAGGGUGGAUAUUGACUUGACUGAACUACUGGAGAGCUGGGCAGCAAAAAACAUCCACAUCAUAACUGACAAACUCAAAGUCAAACCUGUGUGGAGAGAUGCCUCCUUCACCCUCAAAUACUACUCUGAUGCUCUCUUUGACUUCCCACACUGGUUUGGGUUCAGCAAAAGAAAAUUUAACUUGAGACUGACAUGAGCCAGCAGUGGAUGGAGAGCAAGAAAAAGAAAUGAGUUUAUCCACUGAGUUUUUGAUGGAGUCUGGGUCUGCAUUCUCAAGAAAGUUUCUUGAUCAACAGACAAAUGGUUGUAACCUGCCAGGUGAAUGGCCAGCCUACUUCUUGGACCUGCAGGAUCUACCUUUAUAUAAUGGCUUUUUUGUCUACAUACUUCUUCUGUUCAGUGAGUGGAAACCACAGACAAGCACUGACAAGGACAUUCUGAAUGCCAUGAAGAUUAUUCAGGCAUAUUUUGUCUAGAAUUUUUCAGGUGUUUUAAUUGUGCUAGUAAACAGGCUUUUGGACUCACUUGUUUCAUGAGGGGUUGAAGGGGUAACAUCUGUGUUACUGCAGAAUGAAAGGUUUGUAGAAUUUUGUACUAAAGAAUCAGCAUUUGUUUAUGAGAGGUUUUUUAUUUUUUACCAAACACAAUAAAUUCUCUUUUACAAAAACAUGA